GUCUGCCUGAUUUAUGCUAAACCUUGCAGCGUCUAUUAUGCCCUUACUACAUUUUUGUCUUGGAAGAGUGCAGCACUAAAGGUAUUGGGUUUCAUUGGCUGGCGGAGGCGGAGCGUGUGUUGGCUCCAGACGGCAGAGAUACAACAACAUACAGCUGAGCUGCUGCUCGAUGAACUUGAGGCAUUCUUGUGUUUUAUCAAUUGAUGCGCGCACCACCUCUGACAGGCCUUUACCUCCGCUGUCAGCACUGUGAAAAAAAGAUGCACCUCGAUAUGAUUCUCCUACAGAUUCUUGCUGUGCUCUUCCUGCCUGGAGCAUGGGGUCAGAGCAGCAGCAGCAGGCUCGGUGUGGUGGUGGAGGCCAAGAACAUCACCCUCCCUGCGGGGUCUAAGGCUGACCUGCCUUGCCACAGCCCCCGCAUGGUGUGGACCCGGGACAGACUGAAGGACCGUCAGAGGGUGGUGCACUGGGACUUGGUCCGCAGCAGCCCGGAUUAUUCUGUAGAGCGAGUCCUGGACAUGUCCCCCGGAGCACGCCAAAGGGUCUACAAUGGAUUCAACAAAGGCCGUAUUUCCAUCCCAGAAUCUGCUUUCAAUGAUGGCAACUUCUCCCUUAUCAUCAACAAUGUGGUUGCAACUGACAAAGGAGUUUAUACUUGUAAUCUGCACCAUCAUUACUGCCAGAUUCAUCAGUCCAUUCAAAUCCAGCUCAAUGUGACUAAGUCAGCUCGGAAAGAGAAACGCUACUGGGAUGGAGAGAAGACUAUAUUCGUGGUCUUAUUGGGCAGCUCAGUGGUACUGCCUUGUGUGAACCGGCGCCCCCUGUGGAGAGAGGGUCUCCAGGAGGACCAGCAGCAGGUGGCUCACUGGGACUUCCAGCCCCCUGGAGUGCGUCCUGACAAAGCUGACCGCCUGGUGGACCUCUACGCCUCUGGAGAGCGCCGGGACUAUGGGCCGCUCUUUGCCCAGAGCAAGAUGAGUGUGGCUGAGGAUGCCUUUACAUUAGGGGACUUCUCACUGUCCAUCUCUGACUUGAAGCCUGUCGACAGAGGCCUGUACUCCUGCCAUCUUCACCACCACUACUGCGGUCUGCACGAGAGACGGAUCUUCAGGCUCACCGUGGGACCUCCGCUUCCGUCCGCCCCCACCACAGCGCCCAGAAUUUUCCAGAAUGAUGAGCCAGGGCCAAGGUCUGAUGAGGUGGAGAGUCCACGUGUAGUGAACGUCAUUCUCCCCGAGCAUCGAGGUUAUUUUGUGCAGCACUUGGGCUACUUCCUGGCAACUUUCUUGCUGCUGGCGUUCAUCGUUGUUGCUGUCAUUGUGCUGACACGACGACGCAAAAAGAGAGGGCUGGAGUAUGACCUGCGCAGAUCUGAACGGGGAAAUGUGAUCAGUGGAGGUGAAAUGCCAUUAGACUGCACAGAGAUGAGGACCUGUAACCAUGAACCUCUGAAUUCAGACUACAAAAACAACCUACUGAAAGAGAGAGAUAUGACCAAAGACUGCAAUAAGGACUUUGAUGGAAAGCUGUGGAAGUAAGUACGAUAUUUCUGAGAUGCUGCUGGCAGGUCCAGGGCAAACACCGGAAGAGUAAAGGACCAUACAGAAAAGGAGAAAAAAGGGAGGAAACCCAGGAGAGGACAGGAGGAAUGCUCCCUCUGCUGUAACUCUAGCACACUAAGCUUUUUCACUAAAAGGCAUCAUAAUUUUUUAUGUGUAUUUGUUUAUAUAACUUGCAUUUUCACCAGCUGUAACACUAAGGUUAAACAUUUAUUUGUUCCUUACUCUUUGCAUUCAUUGGUUGAAUAUUAGACUUUUUUAUCAACAUUUUUUAUUAAAAUGCAUGCUGUUUUUUAAAGUAUGUUUUACAUGUACUGUGCAUGCUUACAGAACUGCAAGCUCACAGCUCUUCUUAAUUGUUGAAAUUUUAAUUCUUUUUUGCACAAAUUCUGCUGUACUUUAAUUUGUAAAAGGGAUUUCAUCCUGUUAAGGUUAAUUUACUGUAUGUAGACAGUGUUUGGAAACAAGUGAAACAUUUCUAGCUAUAGAUAUUUAGAUUUAAAAAAAAAAAAAACAUAACUCCACUGUGGUGACAAAGUGACUAAAUUUCCAUUUUUCCUGGACUUUAUGUAUUUUACAAAUACAGAAUAUGAGACUUAAAUUCUUCCCCCCAAAUGGAUUUACAGUCUCUUGGAAUACAUGUGUUUAUUAAGGAGUUAUCUGGUGAAAAAUAAUGACAUUUUAGGACCAUGGACAAAAGGCUCAGUCUAGCGAAACUCAGGAAAAAAAACUUUUAACCAUUUAUUUGGUUUGGUUUAAUGGGCUGUGCAGUACUUGUUUGCAUCAAGCAUGUACAGUGUAUCCUGGUUUAUAAAACACUGAAUUUUCAUUACUAAAACUGCUGGUUAAUGAUACAGGUUGUUAAAGAUCUUCACAGCUCUGUGAGGGUUACUGCAGGAAGAAGUGUGUCUACUAUCUCAGUAAUGGUAAAUCACAAACUGUAGUCCUAACCCCUUUAUUUCUCUCUCUCUGUCUCUGUCUCUUGCUCUCACUUGCACACACUCUAAUGUUGGUCUCUCCUAAUAAAAUAGUUCUUCUAUUAAAUAUUCACAA